AUGUUCGAUCUGUCCGAUGUGCCCUUCUUCGUUUAUGUGCCAUUUCUCGCGCUCGCUUUUUUCGCUUGCAUUGCCAUGAUUACGAGGAUAUGCCUAUCGUGCAGACUGGCUUCUGGGAGCGGCGGCACUGGUGAUUCGAGAAUUUGGUUGUGGUUGGGCGGGAGAAGAUCUCACGCUAUGCCAAGAGCCGCACAAUCAAGUGUAUCGGUUGAUGAACACGAUGGACAAGGGAAUGGAGGACACGUACAAAGGAGAGGAGCGAAUGGGAAUACACCCGAACCACCUGUGAACAAAAUGCGUGUCGACAAUCAUAUCCAUAAGAACAACAUCGUCUUUCACCACGAUAACGCACGUCCGCACGUUGAGCGCCAUGUCGUCGAAUCCAUCGCUAGUAAGGGCUGGGAUCUUCUUCCACACCCGCCAUAUUCUCCUACUGAAGCCCCAACGGACUACCACGUCAAUCGAUCGCUCAAAAAUUGGCAAACAAAUAAGAUCUACAACGAUUUGGAUGACUUGAUAGACGAUGUUAAAGCGUGGAUUGCCUCCAAAGAUCGUUUAUUCUUCGCUCGUGGAAUCGAUCGUCUUCCAAGCAAAUGGCAAUCAGUUAUUGAUGUAGGCGGUGAAUAUGCUCCAGAA